AUGCUUUCUCGACAUGGCAAUGUUUUGGUGCGCUUUUGUCCCACGAAUUCGUGGAAAUGCGUAGGGUCUCGAGACUUUCACUUUGAUCGAACUCAACAUCAACCCAGAGAUGUGGUCACUUAUGUGAACUCCCGGUUAGCGAGUAGGGAGGUAAGUGGGCUUAAAACGCUCAAAAAUAAGCUCGAAAGGAGUCUUCAAAAGGACUAUAGGAAAUUUGUCGCAGAAAUGAGACUCACAGAUAUUCUGCAACCUGACAUAGUUCAAAUGAUAUUUUUCCAAAGUGCUGGGCCACGACAGUACAAGGCUUUUGUAACCAGUGUUCGUGGGAUCAUCGAUAGUGACUUAUCUGUGGAACACAAAAAGCGACAGCUUUAUACUCUGGUCGAGCUACAAGGUUCGUUGUAUCCACAAACGGCCCGCGCUAAUGGAAUACUAGCACCCGACUUUUUCCAUGAAUGGUUUUGGACUCAUCUUGAUAGAUCAGAAACUUUUGAACAUUUUCAUUUCCUCAUUGAGAACAAUGUUCUUCUUGGAUCUCGUCCAGCUCAUCGUUUCUUGGUUAGGCUACUCAAAGGAUCACAAAUUGAACAGCAGUUGGCUUCAUUUCAGAUUUUCUUCAACAGCCCGAGCAAUCAAAGCGAUUAUCAAAAACGGCUUACAAGACUAUACAGUUUUGCUCAAAUCAACAUGAUAACUAACACCAUGCUUUCCCAAAAAGACUUGAGACACAUAAAAGUGUAUUUUACCGCGCUUCUGGAUCGACUGGAGUCAUGGGAAUUGAAUCGUUUCGGACUUGCACAGAAAAAACGCGUGAGUUAUUUUGUGAAGUUCACGAAUACGUUACUGAAAUAUCUCAAAGAAUCUGGCAAUUUUGAAAUGUUUCAAAGCACAUUCAAACUUAUUUUGGGACUUAUUCAAAGUCAAAACCUUGACAUUCGCUUAUUGCAUAAGCCAUUUCUCUUGGCAAUUUCAUGGUUACGCAAACUCAACGAACACUCGCAUGUGCUUAAACUUAUAUCAGAAGCACAUGAACUAGGUCUGCAUUCGAGUUUUAAGUUUCGGCAAAGUUUGAUCGGCGAGCUGGUUUCGACACUCCGAUCUUUCAAUGAUCCAAAGAUGACAUUAAGUUAUAUUGCUAUGGUUUACCGUAAUCCCAAUACCAUACAUUUUUUAAACGACCUAGGGCUUUGGGGGCUUCUACAUCACGGCUCAGUUUACCGACUUCAGCCCUCUCAGCUGGAAACAGAGUCGAAGAGUUUGAGCACACACAAGUCGGAAGUCUCUCAAUUUCUCACUUCAAACAUGAUUCCCAAUGCAGUUGUCAUGACAGAACUCUAUCGUGUUAUUUUGCACUACAUGCAGAGCACUUUGAAUUCUAUGGAGUUUAAACAACUCAUUGUCGAUCUAUACCAACUGUACAAGAAGGUCUUUGAAACCAGUCAGCAUUAUUUCAUAUACCCUGACUGUGGUAUUUUGAAUAUCUUAGUUUACCACCUCCGAUUUUGUCUGAAAGAAGAUCGAAUGGCAUACCAGAUACUUGAGGACUUCUUUCGGUCUCGGCCGCAAAUCUCUUGUGCCAAAAGCUCGCCUUUUGGUAUGACGAUGUAUCAUAAUCAGACCAUCACCAAAACAGAGCUUUCAUCGCUUUUUCUGUUGAUGGAUUUGAACCAUCUGAAGCUGGACUUCAAAAUCAUAUGCUCAAUGGUCUUUUACCAUCUUCGAUCCGGACAAAUUGAAGAUGCACAUUCGUGGUAUACAAAGCUGACGUCCGCAGGGUUUCUCAUUUCGCACAAGCUUCUAAUCAUGCGAGCAGUUGAGCACGGCUGGGAACUUCCGGGAAACACUGAUACCUCGUUUUUGGAAGAAAUCAAUGAGAAUACAUCUGGUGCAGUCGGAGGGUUUGAUGACCUGGUCACCGAUGAUUUAAUGAUGGAAGAAAUUGACGGGACAGCAGGUUUUGCAGAAGAGCUUUUGGCUUCUUUGAGUUCUCUAAAAAUGAAAGGUAAAGCCUCAGGUUAG